CUCUUGCCCCAAAGAUGGUAGAAAUCAGAUACCCAGACGGAGCGGUCGAAGCAAAGAUUUUGGAUUGGAAAAAGGGCAUUUUGGGAAUAUAGUAGAUGAAAGAUGCAUCCAAUCCUCAAUUACUCAUACGAUUCUUACUAGCGAGCGCGCUCGUCGCCUUCCAUACGCCGGUAGAGCAUUGCCCUAACCUUCACCCCGAAAUCGAGAACCGCAGAAGGAGAGGAGAAUCGUCUUCGUCCUCCUCACGAGCUUCGGUCAUGUCCAAGGCUCGAGUCUACGCAGACGUUAAUGUCCUCCGCCCCAAAGAGUACUGGGACUAUGAAUCUCUCGCCGUCCAAUGGGGUGAUCAGGAUGAUUAUGAAGUCGUUCGCAAAGUUGGUAGGGGAAAAUACAGUGAGGUCUUUGAAGGCAUAAACAUGUCAAAUUCCGAGCGGUGCAUCAUCAAGAUCCUCAAGCCAGUGAAGAAAAAGAAGAUAAAACGGGAGAUAAAAAUUCUUCAGAACCUUUGUGGAGGCCCAAAUGUUGUGAAGCUGCUUGAUAUUGUCAGAGAUCAGCACUCAAAAACCCCUAGCCUGAUUUUUGAAUAUGUGAACAGCACAGAUUUCAAAGUUUUGUACCCGACACUGACAGAUUAUGACAUACGCUACUACAUUUAUGAGCUUCUCAAGGCACUGGAUUACUGCCAUUCACAAGGAAUUAUGCAUCGAGAUGUCAAACCUCACAAUGUUAUGAUAGAUCAUGAGCUGCGAAAACUUCGCUUGAUUGACUGGGGACUUGCUGAAUUCUACCAUCCAGGCAAGGAAUACAACGUUCGUGUAGCUUCAAGAUAUUUUAAGGGGCCUGAACUCCUGGUUGAUUUGCAAGAUUAUGACUAUUCUUUGGACUUAUGGAGCCUUGGUUGCAUGUUUGCGGGAAUGAUAUUCCGCAAGGAGCCUUUCUUUUAUGGCCAUGAUAAUCACGACCAGCUUGUUAAAAUUGCAAAGGUGCUUGGGACAGAUGAAUUGAAUGCUUAUCUAAACAAAUACCGCUUAGAACUUGAUCCUCAACUCGAUGCUCUUGUUGGGAGGCACAGCAGGAAGCCCUGGUCCAAAUUUAUUAAUGCAGAUAAUCAGCAUCUAGUAUCUCCAGAGGCCAUUGAUUUCCUCGAUAAACUUCUUCGGUAUGAUCAUCAAGAAAGGCUUACAGCACGAGAAGCAAUGGCGCACCCGUAUUUCUUUCAAGUAAGGGCUGCAGAGAAUAGCCGGAUGCGUACGCAGUAGUACUGAAGCUGCCUCUGAGUUUGGGUCCUCUGUGCAAAAGUAGAUGGACGUGGUUGAUAUUUAAUGUAGUUUGUUUAUUAUGAUGAGCUGCAAAGGUACAGAUAUAAAGAGGUUCAUACAUAACAUGCAUAUAAUGUUUGGUGCUUUCUCCAAACUGAACCAUUCCUGUUUGCAAAAUCCCUGUAUCUUAAAGACCA